GCUUGACGCUGAUUGGAUACCCCCCCGCGACUUCCGGUCGAAGAAUUUCCGGUUUUUUCCUGCGUGGUUUCCCAAUGGUGCGUACGAGCUGGGUUGCUGAUGUUUCGACCGGCGUGAUAAUUUUAGUGUGCAGAGUGUUUACCCUUUCGCCUACGGAAAUGUCAAGUGACUAUUUUAAAGGGCUCGACAUCGAGGCACAGAAUCGGUAUCGAGAGAAGUUGUCGUUCAGGGGCCAAGAGCUGCCCGACCCGCUGGACGGUGAUCUGGUACGGUUUAGCUUUUCUUCGGACUCCAGGAACUUCCCCCCAGUCACGGCAGCAGAUAUCUUCAUGUAUCUCGUGGAAGGAGUGUGCUUUUAUACCAAGGAACAGUUCAAAAGCCACAAGAUGGGCGAAGCAUACAACGCCUUUGUGAGUGGAAAAGUGAAACGGCUUGUGUCGUUCAAGGCAGGCAAGCGUGGGGAAGGCAUCGUCGUCAUUGCGGCAACUGUCGAGGCCAGUCAAAUGCUAACGAAAGCAUACCAACCGUGGUGCGUUGUCCAGGACGAUGGAACUGUUACUAGUGCCCAUUGCACGUGCAUGGCCGGCCUGGGGGAAUGCUGUACUCACGUUGCUGCUCUACUCUUCAGCGUUGAAGCAACUGUGAAGUAUGGGCUAAACAACCCAUCACCGACUGAUGUGGCAUGCAGGUGGAUUGAGGUGUCAAGAAAAAGUGUAGCAGCGCCACUUAGCGGCAUCAUAUUCUUCAAGCCUAAGGUAGGACAGGCUGUGAUUCAAGUUGCUCUGAGACCACGGGGACCUGUACCGACAUGGACAGACGAACAAGUUCGCGGCUUCAUGCACCGAAUAAAAGCAUUAGCCCCAAAAACGCUUCUGCUGUGCUCGAUCACGGACAGCGAGGAAACUGACUCCGCUCCUGAAGCAGCUGACCAAGAACCAGAGAGACCGGCCAAGCGCAAGGAGACGCCCUCACAGUUGCCGCUUGGUGGUAUUUACCAAAACAUGGACCUAAAAGCAGCCCAGGAAGUUCGGCUAACAGCUGCACAUUGUACUGAGAUUGAGAAAGCCACUCGCGGGCAAUCAAGAUCCCUCAGAUGGAAGCAAGAACGGAAGGGCAGAAUAACAGCGUCUGUCUUGGGUCGUGUGGCUACAUGCCAGAGCGGUGCCGAUGGCCUUGUUGCGGAGGUUAUGGGGUAUAUAGAGGCACCUCGUGUUUCAAACCUCCGUUGGGGCUCUGAAAAGGAACCAGAAGCUAAACGAGCAUUUAUUGCAAAGGAGUCCCUGAAACAUAAAGACCUGCAACUAAAUGAGUGUGGUUUGUUUGUUGUAGGAAGCCUGCCCUUUCUAGCUGCAUCUCCCGAUGCCAUUGUCUCUUGCGCAUGCUGCGAGAAGGCAGUCCUGGAGGUCAAGUGUGCUGCAUCAAUGAAAGGUGCUUCCCUCACUAAAACGUCUAAGCGUUUACCUUAUCUCGAUGAGAACCUGCAGCUGAGGCACGAUCAUGGUUACUAUGCCCAAGUACAAGCACAAAUGGCGGCCACGAAGCUCCGUCGAGCAUACUUUGCUGUUUUUACGGGACCUCCCAUAAAUAUUGAGGUUAUAACCUUUGAUGAGAAUUUCUGGGCAGCUGCAAAACUUAAAGCAGAGUGCUUUUUUAUUAACCACAUCUUUCCAGAACUGCAGUCCGUGCGAAUCUUCAAGCAAAUAAAAUGUGCGAGGACAACAUGCCAUUGUCAUGGCGCUAGGUCGGGCCGUGUUGUUGAAUGUUCACUUUGUUGCGACAUUUUCCAUCUGAAGUGUGUAAACCUUAAACGCACACCAAGAUCAUGGGUGUGCACUGCAUGCCAAACUGUCAGCCGUACUGGCGACAACUGAAUGUCAGCACAGCUUGUUCGGACUUUUUUUUCUUUCUUGGUG